UCAGACCAAAUCUCCAUGGACAGAUUAUAGGAAGCGGAGGCUAUAAAGCAGACUGGAGCAAAAUCAAGAAAUAGGUGACAAGACAGAGGACACACAGUUGGACAUAUUUAUAGAAGGUGAGAAACUGAUACUGCAAGUGUGCGGCAAAAGGCGGAGAAACCGAUAGGGAGCGAAAAGAGAGGGAGUGGGUUGGGCUUUAGGUAUGGGAGAACAACGGCACAUCAGGGCAGUGGGACAGAGACGGAAUCAGAGAAACGAGAAGAGAGGAGGGAGAGGAAAGUGCCUGCUUAAGUGCCUGUAAGUGUGUGUAUGCGUGAGUGUGUGCAUGUAUCAGUAUGAAAUCAGAGUGAGAUGCUGGGAGAGGAUGAGGAGUAACAGGGUGAGGCAGCUGCAAGAGGCGCUAAGUGUGUUUGUGUGUGAGGUUAGUGUGUGAGGGAUGCAGUCAUGUCUCUGUGAGAGGGAGCAGCACAGCAACGGUAACCAUGCUGAGCCCCAAGAUAAAACAGGCACGCCGGGCACGAUCCAAGAGCAUGGUGCUUGGAGAGUUGUCUCGACUCUCCAGGCCUUGCUCUCCUCAGGAUCAAGAGAAACCCUUGAAAGCAGGCUGGCUGAAGAGGCAGAGAAGUAUCAUGAAAAACUGGCAGCUGCGAUGGUUUGUCCUGAGGUCUGAAGCUCUGUACUUCUACAAAGACCAAGAUGAAAGCAAGGCACAGGGCUGCAUUCCUCUUCAGGGCAGUCAGGUCAAUGAGGUCUCAGCCCAUCAAGAUGAGCCAGGUCGCCAUCUUUUUGAAAUCGUUCCAGGGGGAGCUGGAGAAAAGGAUCGUAGCAACACAGGCCAUGAAUCCUUCCUACUAAUGGCCAACUCACAGAGUGACAUGGAAGAAUGGGUCAGAGCCAUACGCAGAGCCAUCUGGGCUCCACUUGGUGGAGGUGUUUUCGGUCAGCAUCUACAGGCGACAAUGUCAUAUGAGUCACAGUGUGGCCCUCAGCGAGAGGUCCCCGUGCUAGUCGAACUGUGUGCGAGCUUUAUACGUGAACAAGGACUCAAGGAGGAGGGUCUUUUCAGAGCACCUGGGCAGACCAACCAUGUUCGAGAACUGCAGGAUGUUUUUGACCGUGGCGAAAUCCCUGUUUUUGAUAGUUCCACAGACGUCCACACAGUGGCAUCACUGUUAAAGCUGUACAUACGAGAGCUGCCAGAGCCUAUAAUCCCAUUCUCCAAAUACUCACAGUUUCUAUCCUGUGCUCAGCUUCUUAGCAAGGAUAAAGAAACGGCCAUCACAGAACUAAGCAAACAGGUGAAAUCCCUCCCUCAGGUCAACUAUAACCUCUUGAAAUACAUCUGCAAGUUUUUGGAUGAGGUUCAGUUGCAGUCCAAUGACAAUAAGAUGAGUGUUCAGAACCUGGCCACUGUUUUUGGACCUAAUAUUCUUCGGCCAAGAGUGGAGGAUCCUGUUACAAUGAUGGAAGGAAGUUCCCAAGUGCAACAUUUGAUGACUGUCCUGAUCAGUGAACACUCUCGACUAUACCCAAAUGAGGAUUCCAAAACUGAGGUCAGAUCUCUCCCACCCCAACAUGAGCUCAAACGAUCCAAAGUAGAAUGGGUUUCACAAGAAGAAACAAACCCACCAAAUACUACAAGUGUAAACUCUACAAAUCUCAAAGAAAACCAGAUACCUUCCAGUGUUUUGAUGGACAGUGAGCUGCCUACAUCUAAUCCUCUCGCAUGUGAGAAAGAUGAGAACAGCCAGACUAAGGGCAAUGAUGUAAACAAACUGAAUGAAAAAGGAGAUGAAAAAGAAAAUAUCAAAACUGAAGGGGAAAGCGAAGUUGCUGUUAGCCCUAGCAAACAGGCCAAAGCUCUACCUUCAUGGAGGUGUUCCUUCAAGGGCAAUGUAGUCUCUGGAGGGUCAAAGGGGAAAAUGGGAGGCUCAGCAGGGGACGUGUCGGCAUCUGGUGGGAGCAACUGGCUGAUGAAUGGCCUGUCGUCCCUCCGUGCACAUAGACGCACGACCUCAUCCAGUGAAAGAGUGAAAGACUCUACAUUGUCUCUGAAGGAUUCAACCCAGUCUCUUAAAGAAACCACUCUACAACUCAAGGACACACAAAGAGACUAUGACCUAGAAUCCCCUCAAACAUCCCACUGUCACAGAGUCCUCCACAAAUCUCACAGACUCUCUGCCUAUGACAAUGUAGCUCCUUCCAGCCUAAGCCUGCCUGCUGACGCUUCGUCUAUCUGGACACCCUUUGAGAUCUCGCUGUCGGACACAGAAGGAAGCAAUAAGUCAAAAAAGCUAGAACAAGAUGAAGAGAGAAACACUGAGGUGGGAAACGGAACAAAUGAUGAGGAAGGUGCAGGAACAAGUGAAGAAAUCCCAAACAAGCUGACCCAACUAAAGCAGGAGCUGAAAAAACAGAAAGUGAACUAUGAAACCCGCAUUCGCAAGCUGGAGGAGUCCUGUUCGAAAUACCAGUGCCAGGUAAGCCGCCUCGAAGAGGACCUGGACCAGGAGAGGAAGAAGUGUCACAUGUUGGAGAUCCGACUCAGGAAUUCAGAGCGGGCACAUCAGGAUGCAGAAAACCGAAAUGUUCUCCUCCAGAGAGAAAUGGAGGAAUUCUUUAAGACUUUUGGAGAACUAACAACAGGAGCAGCAAGGACCAACUAGACCUGACCAAACUGCCUUUAUUUGGUCCUGGAGGCAAUCAGUCACUGGGAGUACCAACCAGUCCCAAAGCUUUUUAGAAAACAUACCUCUAGUGCAAUGCCGAUAGCCAUGUUUUCCACUUCAGUGUGGCUGUCCUGUGCCUAUGCGGACCAGUACUGGUGCCAAACAAGAACUUCCCUGGACCAAGAACGUAUUUUGCCAUUCCAUAAAAUAUAUCUCAAGAA